CAAGAAUUAGUAUAAAAAGCUAGCAAGCCUUAGCUCAGGCCAUAACAUAUAUUCCACAAGACUCAAGUAGGAAGGAAAAGAAGGACCUGUUUGGUUCGAGAGUUUGGGAAGAAGAAGAGAUGGGAGCUAAUUUUUCAUCUGCUUAUGAUGCCAAACGGUUGCCAACGCACACCAAUGAACCAGAACCAGUCAAGAAGGUUGAGGCCAGAGGAUUCCCAACGAUCACCAAUGAAUCAGCACCAGUGAAGAAGGUUGAGGCCAGAGGAUUCCCGAAAAUCACCAACGAAUCAACACCGGUGAAGAAGGGUCAGGUUAUUACGUUUCGCUCAUCAUCAAAGUGGAAGAUCCAUUUUGAAGCCUCAAAGCAGACUCCAAAACUGAUCGUCAUCGACUUCACAGCUUCUUGGUGCGGGCCUUGCCAGAUAAUUCAGCCUGCAAUCAAUGAGUUUGCUGAGAAGUACACAGAUGUAGAGUUUAUCAAGAUUGAUGUUGAUGAGUUGCAUGACGUAGCAGAGGAAUUUGGAGUUCAGGCAAUGCCAACUUUCAUACUGAUAAAGAAAGGGAAAGAAAUUGAUAAGGUUGUCGGGGCGAAGAAGGAUGACCUUCAGAAGAAGAUUGAGAAACACAGGUUCUGAGAAGGAUAAAAACCAGAUGGCCUUUGGUUUUAUGACAUUGGCAAGACCAGAGAAAUCAGCAAGCAGUUUGUUUGCGACUUAUGGUGUUAUUCUGUUUCUUACAUGAGGAGUAGUCAUGCUUGAGAAUGAAAAACUGUGCCAUGCAAUUGCAUCUCUCUACAGUCACUAGAGAACAGUUGCAACUAGUCGUAUGUGGUGCACUUAGAUGCGUGUUUACAGUUACUCGAAAUAAUAAAAGUCGUCUAUUUUUAGUCGUACAA